GUCGUGUAGACAUCAAGAUGGCGGCUGCAUCACCCGAGCACGCAAAGGAACUAGAAGGAUGGUUUUACCCAACGGAAGAGAACMAAAAAUCUGCAUAUAUCUCAAGCAUGGAGCAAUAUAAUUCCAUGUACAAAARGUCUCUGGAAGAUCCGGCAGGUUUUUGGGGAGAUGUAGCAAAAGAAUUUCAUUGGCAAGUCCCGCCAAAACCCGAGAACUUUUUGAAUUACAACUUUGACUUGAACAAAGGCCGGGUGGAUGUAAAAUGGAUGGAAGGAGCAAAGACUAAUAUAUGUUAUAAUUUGCUGGAUAGACACGUUAAGAAUGGCUUAGCAGACACCGUGGCGUUUUACUGGGAGGGGAAUUCCCCAGGCGAUGAAAGAAAGAUUACCUACGGGGAAUUGCUCAAAGAAGUUUGCAAGUUUUCUAAUGUACUAUGUGCCAAAGGGGUCAUGAAAGGUGAUAGGGUUGCCAUUUACAUGCCAAUGAUUAUAGAACUAGUUGUUGUAAUGCUGGCUUGUGCAAGGAUUGGAGCUGUCCAUUCCAUCGUGUUUGGAGGGUUUUCUGCUCACUCAUUGGCCGAGAGGAUCUUAGAUUCAAAGUGCAAGGUUUUAGUUACUGCAGAUGGUUCGUAUAGAGGUCUUAAAAUGAUUAACUUGAAAGAGAUUUCUGAUGAUGCCAAGAAAAUCUGUGCUCAAAGUGAAUUCAUAGUUGAGACCUGCAUUGUAGUCCAACAUCUGGGAGCAACCAAACAAGCUGAAAAUGGUGCAGCAGACAGUCCUCCUCCUAAAAGACCUUGUAAAAGUUUGAGUACCCCAUUUGAAGAGAAUGUAGACUUUUGGUACCACGACUUGAUGGCAACAGCAAGUGACAAGCAUGAGGMAGUCUGGGUGGAUGCUGAAGACCCUCUCUUUAUGUUAUACACAAGUGGUUCAACAGGAAAGCCAAAAGGUUUGACCCACACAACGGGUGGCUACAUGCUUUAUACAGCAGUCACUUUUAAAUAUACCUUUGAUUACCACCCUGGUGAGAUAUACUGGUGUACAGCAGAUAUCGGGUGGAUUACUGGUCAUAGUUACAUCACCUACGGYCCCAUGGCAAUGGGUGCGACUAGUGUACUGUUUGAAGGCACUCCAUUCUACCCUGAUGCCGGUCGUUUCUGGGAAAUUGUUGAUAAAUACAAGGUCCAGAAGUUCUACACUGCACCAACCGCAAUCAGGGCUUUGAUGAAGUUCAAGCAUGAAAUAAAGAAGCAUGAUCUCAGUAGUCUGAGAAUUCUUGGAACAGUAGGUGAACCUAUUAACCCUGARGCAUGGCUGUGGUACUAUCGAAUCRUCGGUCAUGAGAAAUGCUCUAUAGUGGAUACUUACUGGCAAACUGAGACUGGGGGUCAUGUAAUCACACCUAUGCCAGGAGCCACGCCCAYGAGGCCAGGUGCAGCAACAUUUCCAUUCUUUGGUAUUGAGCCAGUGAUUAUCAGUGAGGAAGGAAAAGAGAUGGAAGGUCCUUGUGAAGGAUAUCUGGCAUUCAAGCGUCCAUGGCCUGGCAUGGCYCGUACAAUCUACAACGAUCACCAAAGAUUUGAAAAUGUCUACUUUUCCAAGUUUAAAGGCUAUUAUCUGACCGGUGAUGGAUGUAAGCGAGAUAACAACGGGAUGUUCUGGGUGACAGGACGUACAGAUGACUGCAUGAAUGUAUCUGGUCACCUCUUGUCCACUGCUCAGAUUGAGAGCGCACUUGUUGAACACRAUGAUGUCAGUGAAGCGGCUGUGGUUUCAUGUCCUCAUAAAGAAAARGGCGAAGGAAUCUACUGUUUUGUGUCGCUAAUGGAGGAUGCAGAGAUGAGUGAAGAACUUAUUAAAGAACUGAAGCAAAAAGUUCGUCUGAAGAUCGGUCCAUUUGCUGCACCUGAUGUCAUUCAAAAUGCACCAAUCCUACCAAAGACCAGAUCAGGCAAGAUUAUGAGACGCAUUCUACGUAAGGUAGCCAAGAAUGAUCAUGAGACAGGUGACUUGUCUACUAUCUAUGAUCCAGCAGUGGUGACUAGUCUGUUUAAAGGAAGGCCACAUGUACCUUUCCUACCAGACUAAACUAGACUGAAACUAGACUUUAGAAUGCUAUCGACCCCUUCCCCCACCACCACCCAAACCCUUAUAUACCCAAGUCCUAUCACUAUCCAUCCUCUCCUCCACCACCCGACCCCUUGAGCACUUUAGUAAAUAGACAAAUGGGAAGGGAGGUGACUAAAUUUGUUUACCUUUUCUACCAAACUAAACUUGACGGUAGAGUCUUAUCACAAUCCAUCCACUCUCCCCACCCCUCCCCUCCACAGUAAGGAGUGAGAAGGGGAGGGGUGGAGUAGAGCAAGGUACAUAACUUGUCUUCUCGUACAUAGGAUUUUUGGAUCAAUCUUUUGUACUUACUGUAGAAUAAGGCUAGUUAUUUGACUUUGUCUCAACAUGCACUCGAAAUCUAUGAAAAGCAAUUCUACUAUCAUGGGCGCCAGCAUGUGAUGGUGCAAAACCUAUAUUCGCAAUUUUUUACUUUUAAAUUUACGUAAUGAAAUGAGCUUAUUAUGACUUAAUGCUGUCAACAAGUAAUCUGACUGUCAUCCAGCGACUUUGCAUUCCCCUCAUUCAAUCCCAUAAUCCCUUUCUGUAUAAAUUCUUCACAUAAAUUCUUUGGAAAGUAAACGUCAUUCUCAAAUGUCCAUUGAUUGGUUACUGGUGUUAGAAAACCCUGCUCAGGAAAUUGAGUUCCACAUCUGGCAACCAAUCAUUGGCCAUUCAAUUGUAUCCAAUAGAACCUUUAAGUUGUUUCAUAUUUCCGGGUCCAGCUGCUUACAAAACCAACUGAAAAUCAAGCAAAUAAAUCAACCUCCACCUGAAACUUUGGACCAAAAAAAAUGUCAUGAAAAAAAAAUCUUUAAUARAAACGGGAAUUGCUUUUUGUUUUGGACCAGGAAGWYGUUUUUUACACUUAAAAGUUCUCUGUUGUUAGUUCCUUUAUUGUGACUAUUUCAGUUCAAUAAACCACAACUAUCUUGG